AACUUAAUUUGACUCAUUAAAUUAUUAUAAUUUAAAAAUAAAAAAUAAAAAAAUCUUACUAGAUUGGCCCUGAUGGAAGUUCUACAUAUAGGCCACCUAAUUGAAGAAUAGUUGAACACAAUACUCUCUCUUCCUAUCUUUGAAAAGACAAACACAGCAUGGCACAUGUCCUAAGUGAAGAACAGAUUGUUGAUUUCCAAGAGGCCUUUGGCUUGUUUGACAAAGAUGGAGAUGGGUGCAUUACUGUGGAAGAAUUGGCCACUGUCAUUCGUUCUUUGGAUCAAAACCCAACUGAAGAAGAGUUACAAGAUAUGAUAAGUGAAGUUGAUGCAGAUGGUAAUGGAACUAUUGAAUUUGAUGAGUUCUUGAACUUGAUGGCAAGGAAAAUUAAAGACACUGAUGCAGAGGAGGAGUUGAGAGAGGCUUUCAAGGUCUUUGACAAAGAUCAAAAUGGUUAUAUAUCAGCCACUGAGCUAAGACAUGUAAUGAUCAAUCUAGGUGAAAAAUUAAGUGAUGAGGAGGUAGAGCAGAUGAUUAAAGAAGCAGAUUUGGAUGGUGAUGGUCAAGUUGACUAUGAUGAAUUCGUCAAGAUGAUGAUGACCGUUCGAUGAAACACUUUCCAUCUAAUUGUUGUUACACUGUAUUCUACACUUGUAUCUAUCUAGUGGCUCAUAACUUAGUUAACCACAUCCAUUCCCAACCCAAAAUUGUUAUUCUUUUAAUUUUGGUAAUUUGUUCGGUAUUAUACCCUGUAUGUUUGGAAUCACACUUAGUUUUUGUUGAAAUUCUAAACUCUACAUCUAUUUCUUUAAAUUGCAAUAUAACAUUAUGAUUUUGCUCAAA